GGCGGGUUUAAUCGUCAAAAACAUUUCUCUCUCCCCCGCGUCCUCUGUCUCACUCCACUCCCUUUCUCCUAAUAUUUGCUCAAGAGCUCCAGAAGCUGUUCCUUCAGGUCCAGAUGUGAGCUAACCAACUCCAGUUGACUCAAAUUUCAAAAGGGUAUCUUCAAAAAUGGAGCUUGAUGAGCCUAUCAUGAAAACAAAUAUGCUUUUCUUGAUUUUUGGUUUGUGGGUUAUGGUGGUGGCCAUGGCAGACAAGGGUAUAACUGUAAAUACAUCAUCAAGAAGGCCUAAAGUUGUGAAUAUCGGAGCUUUAUUAACAGUAAAUUCAGUUAUCGGAAGGUCUGUGAAGCCUGCUAUCAUAGCUGCAGUUGAUGAUAUAAACUCCAAUCCAUCCAUUCUUGGAGAAACCCAUUUGAAUCUCAUCUUACAUGAUACAAAUUGCAGUGGGUUUAUCGGCACCAUUGAAGCUUUGGAGCUAAUGGAAAAAGAUGUGGUGGCUGCAAUUGGACCACAAUCGUCAACUAUCGCACACGUCAUCUCACAUGUCGUCAACGAGCUUCAAGUACCUCUCAUUUCAUUCGGAGCAACCGACCCGACCCUCGCAGCUCUCCAAUACCCUUACUUCCUUCGUAUGACACAAAGCGAUUACUACCAGAUGUCCGCCAUAGCCGACCUCGUAGAAUACUUCGAAUACAAAGAAGUAAUCGCCAUUUUUGUCGACGAUGAUUAUGGCAGAAAUGGGAUUUCAUCGUUAGGCGAUUCACUCGCCAAGAACCGAGCCAAGAUUUCUUACAAAGCAGCGUUUACACCAGGCGCAUCGGAAACAGACAUAAGCGAGCUAUUAACAGAAGUUAAUUUAAUGGAGUCUCGUGUUUAUGUCGUUCAUGUAAACCCGGAUUCGGGUCUCCAGAUUUUUUCCAUUGCGAAAAAACUCAAUAUGAUGACGAGUGAUUACGUUUGGAUCACUACUGACUGGCUUCUGGCGGUUCUUGAUUCGCAAGAACCGCCAGAUCCUGACGCAAUGGGACUAGUACAGGGUGUACUGUCCCUACGUCCGCACACUCCAAAUUCAAAUUACAAAAAAACUUUCAUCACAAAAUGGAAAAACAUCAAAGAAAAGGAAACAAACAGUUUCAAUUCCUACGCGCUUUAUGCGUACGAUUCCGUAUUUUUCCUCGCACACGCGAUCGAUACAUUCUUGAAAUCAAACCAAGAAAUCACAUUUUCUUCCGACCCAAAACUUAAAAAUAACAACGGGUCCCACCUUCAGUUAUCGGCUCUUCAAACGUUUGACCAAGGUCAAAAGCUUCUAGAAACACUUCUCUCAACAAACUACACGGGUCUAACCGGCGAAAUCCGGUUCGACCCGGACAAGAACCUAGUACACCCGGCGUACGAUGUUUUAAACAUGGGUGGGACUGGGGUCCGCACGAUCGGUUACUGGUCAAACUACUCGGGUUUAUCGGUCAACUCUCCUGAGACUUUAUAUAAAAAGCCGGCGAAUAGUUCUACGAGUGCUCAAAGGCUUUAUAGUGUGAUUUGGCCUGGUGAAACAAGUGUGAAGCCACGUGGAUGGGUGUUCCCAAACAAUGGGAAGCCUUUAAGGAUUGUGGUACCUUAUAGGCAUAGUUAUAAAGAGGUUGUUACAAAAGAUGUUAGGUCUCCGGAAGGUGUGAGAGGGUAUAGUAUUGAUGUUUUUGAUGCUGCUGUGAAUUUACUACCUUACCCUGUGCCAAGGAAGUACAUUUUAUAUGGAGAUGGUGUAAGGAACCCGAGUUAUAGCAAUCUUGUGGCUGCUGUUGCUGAAAAUAUAUAUGAUGCAGCAGUUGGAGAUGUUACAAUUAUCACAAACCGAACAAGAAUAGUUGACUUUACUCAGCCUUACAUGGAAUCUGGGCUUGUUAUUGUUGUUCCGGUCAAAAAGUCAAAAACAAGUCCAUGGGCUUUUCUUCAGCCAUUCACCAUUGAAAUGUGGCUCGUGACAGGUGGCUUCUUUCUACUUGUUGGAUUUGUUGUUUGGAUUCUAGAACAUCGUUUGAAUCAUGAGUUUCGUGGGCCCCCGAGCCAGCAAAUUAUUACGAUCUUCUGGUUUAGUUUCUCAACAAUGUUCUUUUCACACAGGGAGAACACGGUUAGCACAUUGGGGCGAUUAGUUCUACUGUUAUGGCUUUUCGUGGUGUUGAUCAUCAAUUCAAGUUACACAGCUAGUUUGACUUCGAUCUUGACCGUUCAACAGUUGACUUCUGGAAUCGAGGGUUUAGAUGGCAUGCUUGCAAAAUCGAGGAUUAGAUCGUUGAAAGAUAGUGAAGAUUACCUAAAUGCCCUUAGACUUGGACCAAAAUUUGGUGGUGUGGCUGCCAUUGUUGAUGAGCUUCCUUAUAUUGAGCUUUUUAUGAGUUAUACAAAGUGUGAGUUCAGGAUUGUUGGACAGGAGUUCACCAAAAGCGGAUGGGGAUUUGCAUUCCAAAGGGAUUCUCCAUUAGCACUCGACUUAUCAACCGCAAUUCUCCAACUAUCAGAAAACGGGGAAUUACAAAGAAUCCAUGACAAAUGGCUCGCAUCAAGUUCAUGUUCAUCAAAAGUUACAGAAAUCGAUGUCAGCAGUCUUUCAUUAAGCAGUUUUUGGGGUCUAUUCCUGAUUUGUGGGGUCGCAUGUUUUAUUUCACUUAGUAUUUACUUUUGUCGGGUGUUAUGUCAAUACCGGAGAUUCAAUCCUGAUGAAGAAGAGCCACACGAGCUUCCGGAACCGGAAUCCGCAAGGCGGAGUGAGAGACGGACAUUCCGGUCCACAAGUUUUAAGGAUUUGAUCGAUUUUUAUGACAAGAAAGAGGCUGAGAUUAAGGAAAUGUUGAAGAGGAAUAGAAGGCAGGUUAAUGGGCAUAAUGAUUCGCCUUUAUGAAAUCGGGAAUUUUGGUCUUGUGUUGAAUGGUUGACUUUCCUAAUUUGGAAAGAUUUAUGUAUAUUGUUUAUGGGUUUGAGUGAAGUAUACUUUCUUACAAGAAAUCGUUAUUAUGAUGCUAGAUGUUAGGGC